GAUCUCACACCACAACGAUCGUUCCCACGUGCGAGAGGGGAGGACACUCGUUCGAGUCCACUCAGCAGUCUACAUUCCAUCACAGCAAUCUAAUCCGUUCAUUCCCCAUCUCUACCAAAACUCAUCUCCCAUCAUCAAUCAGUAAAGUCGAUGGCUCUUCUCUCACCAUCCACAUCUCUCUUUUCUUCUUCUUCUUCCUAUCUUUCCAACGGACUCCCCUCAUCUCUUCUAAUCUCAAAACCUAGAAAUCGCAAUUUAAAAAAUUUCAGAAACUCUUCCUCCUCUUCUGCUUUCACCACAAAAGCCUCAUGGCAAGAGCUGGCUGGCGUUCUCAUCUUCUCUGCGAUUCCUUUCACUGCUGUGAAAGCCAUUGCCAACAGCUCCAUCGGAGCCGCGCUCCAGAGCCGUUUGCAGGAGACAAAAAAGGUCGCUGUACAGAACUCAGCCAAGUUCAAUGCCUUGGCCGAAAAGGCCAGAGAAGAAAGCUUUUGGUAUGGAGAAGAGCGUCCCCGCUGGCUUGGUCCAAUACCUUAUGUCUAUCCCGAAUAUCUUAGCGGAGAACUUCCUGGCGAUUAUGGCUUUGAUAUUGCUGGUCUAAGCAAGGAUCCUGUGGAUUUUGAGAAAUACUUCAACUUUGAAAUACUGCAUGCUCGAUGGGCUAUGCUUGCAUCUCUUGGAGUUCUCAUUCCAGAACUGUUAGACCAAUUUGGUAUCGUGCACUUUGUUGAGCCUGUAUGGUGGCGAGUUGGUUAUGCAAAACUUAAGGGUGAUACCCUAGACUACCUGGGAAUACCAGGGCUUCAUAUUGCUGGAAGUCAAGGAGUCAUCGUCAUAGCCAUUUGCCAAGCUCUUCUAAUGGUUGGCCCAGAGUAUGCCAGAUACUGUGGUAUAGAAGCAUUGGAGCCGCUGGGAAUUUACUUACCAGGUGACAUAAAUUAUCCCGGUGGUUUGCUUUUUGAUCCUCUAGGCCUUUCAAAGAACCCAGUUGAGUUUGAAGACCUCAAGGUAAAAGAGAUUAAAAAUGGCCGUUUGGCCAUGGUAGCAUGGAUUGGCUUCUACGUCCAAGCAGCUCUAACUGGUAAAGGGCCCAUACAGAACCUUAUAGAACACCUCUCGGAUCCUUUCCACAACAAUCUGCUCUCAGCUGUAAAGUCAAUGUAAAUUUUUAUUUUUUUUCCACAGCUUGAAGAAAUAUGUUUAAAUCACAACAUUCUUAGCAGGAAACCAUAAUGUAAGAUAUCUACUUUUGGUUC